CCUUAGUCUAUGCGGUGUCGAAUGAUUACGGUUUCGUGGCUAUUCUAAUAUGGCAAAUAUCGAAAACAUAGAUAGGGAAGAAAGACGGCAUAAAAGGAAGAGGAAGAUGCGUAAAAUUGCUUGUGAAGAGGAAAAAGUUUUUAAUUAUAUGACUGGAGAAUACGAAAAGGUUAAACCUGUUGUUGAUCCCAAAUCUGAAUUUGAAGAGAUUAGCAUCGAAGAGCACAGCCUAGAAUGGAUCAAAGACGAAUUGGAGGAGGAACCUCCACCACCUUCUAUUAUCAGACGGAGAAUAAAAUGUCGCCAAUGCUCGUUCGUCGGCGAAUCCCGCCAAAUGCUCAAAAUCCACGAAUACGAAGAGCACCAGGCCAGCAGCAUUAUGCUACGGUACAAAUGCAAAAGGUGCGCAUUUAUUUCCUAUGACUACGAAGUAGCUAUGGAGCACAAGGGAGGUAGACACGUAGUGGAGAAAGUUGUCGGUUUUAAAAUAGAUACGGAUAAAGACUCCGAAAAACCUAACAAUAAAGAAAAGACUUCUAAAUCUGUACCGAAGAAGCAAUCUACAGUUCAACCAGAUUAUUCUCAGAACAAAUAUUUAGUGUGCGGUAAAUCUACAGUGAAUUUAAAUUCGCCUCAAAACCAACGACAAUAUAGUUGUUUUCACUGCAAAUACACAACGGUGAACAAAGCACUUUUAUCCAAUCACAUCGUCAUUCAUAAGAGAUGGAACGACUCGGACGUUUUCGAACAUUUCUCUUGUCCGGAUCAUGAAAAAAACGACUUUGAUCAAGACAAAUGUGACGGUUGUUUUUACGCUUACCACUUCAACAAAAGUUAGUUUUGAGCUGGUCGCACAGUAGAAGCGUCAAAAGCGCAUCUUUGCGCGACCGAUCCAAACUACCAUACGAACGAAAAAAAAACGGCGUCGAAAAAAAAGACGGCUGGGAUAAUCUAUAAUAAUUUUAGCGCCCUAGACGUCAUUACUUGCGUACUCUUCUUUAUUUUUUAAUAGCGCUUACUGCCAAUUGGCCCUAACAUGGUUGUAAUUUACAGCGGCGGAGCUUCCAUUGAUGCGGGUGAUGCGUGGCAUCCCUUCAAAAUAUUGUAAUACGUUUUUAUUUAAAAAAGUCACUGAGAUCUCCUAUAAUAAAUUAAAAUUCUCAGCAAAUUUAUUCAAUUAAUUAAAUUCAAUUUCAAUGAUUUAAUGUGUGUAUUGGCCGAGCUUUAUAGAUAACGAUAAGACCUACGCUAAACGCUAAAAAUAAAAAUGUCUCGACUGCGCGAUGAUGCGACUGUCCUCGUUACAUCUUACAUGAACGAGCCGAGGUCACGAUUACACCUCCAGAUUUAUUUGGUUACUGGGUGAUGUUUUAGUCGGUGGGUGAUGCGGUUUCUGAAACACAUCGCGGUAUAAAAUAACAAUUAUCAUCGCGCAUAGCCGAUUCUGAGUAUGGCUGUAAAAUAGAAAUAAUUUCGUAAUCAUUCUUCAGUUUUGCAAUCAUCACUAUGGUGUAUUCAGAAAAACUAAAUACUAUUGAAGAAGGACCUCCAAAUGAAUUGAAUAUUAUUAAUACUAAAUUAAAAUUGUGUAUCCGUCAUUUUAAUGAAAAUGUUUAUAAAGCGAACACUCAUCGUUAUGUGGUUGUAAGGCACUCAAUAAUAGUAUAGUAAACGCCACGAAUGUUUGGGAGUGAUUUAUCGGUCGCUACCAUGUGAACAUCUGUUCAAGGUAAAAAAAUAAAACUUAAUUCCAGUGCCGCACAGUGGGCAAAAAUCCAGAAGUAUGUUGCAAAAAUUCUUUUUUUGUACGAUUUUAUUCAAAUUUGGUAAAAACAUUCUAUGCCCGUAGGCCGUGAACCCUGUUAGUUUUGGCUGACUUGAGAGUGGUUGGGGGUGGUGGAGGGGAUUCAUAAAAUGGAAAAAUCAUCUUUUGACUAAUACAGCUACCAAAAUGCGAUAAGAAUAUUUUACAUUUCACUAAAUUUUACGAUUUUUGACAGAGCCAAGAUGAAACAGACAAAUAUUGAGCAAU